CCGUAUCGGACGGCGCUCAGCUAAACCAUCUAGUUUUAACAUGGCUUUGAGUCUUUCGUGUCAUAAUCUAAGGUGCGGGUUAUUUCAUAGUAAGAUACUGCAGAAGUGUUCGUAUGACCAGACGGUGAGAUCUGCACUCAGCAUUCUGACGUCAAGAGAGAUCGGGGCGAAACGCGGAGUCCACUGUAUGGUGGCCGUGAAUUUGUGUUUGACGCGCAGAGCCGCAGGAUGGUUGACUCGAGGGUUUUCAAGAGCGUUCUCCUCCAUGCCUCCACCGCCCUCAGCUGGUAAUAAAUCCAAGAAGUUUGGCCCUGUGACUUGGAAAUCUCUUGCAAUAACAUUUGCUCUUGGAGGAGCCCUUCUUGGAGGGAUGAAAUAUUUAAAAAAACAAAAGGAAGAAUUGAUUGAAAAAGAAAGGACAAAGUCAAUAGGAAGGCCAGCAAUUGGAGGUCCAUUCUCCCUCAUCGAUCACAACAACAAACCCACCAAGAGUGAGGACUUCUUGGACCAGUGGGUUCUGAUCUAUUUUGGAUUCACACACUGCCCUGACAUCUGUCCAGAUGAAAUCGAGAAGAUGAUUGAAGUGGUGGAUGCAAUAGAUGAGAUAAAAUCUCUCCCAAACCUGACGCCCAUUCUUAUCACCAUUGAUCCUGACAGAGACACGCCCGAGGCCUUAGCUACAUACGUCAAAGAGUUUUCACCGAAACUGAUCGGCCUGACGGGGACGAUGGCACAGAUCGAGCAGGUCUCCCGAGCCUACAGAGUCUAUUACAGUCAGGGCCCAAAGGACGAAGACAACGACUAUAUUGUUGAUCACACCAUCAUCAUGUAUCUGUUGGGCCCUGAUGGAGAGUUUGUCGAGUAUUUUGGACAGAACAAAAGAAAUGUGGAGAUUACAAAUUCCAUUGCGGCACACAUGAGAAAGUAUAAAAAGGGGAAGUAAGGGGCAUACCUGAUCCCGUUUUGAAGAACUGACUGACUGAAAGCUUGCUUCGGGGUUCCUUGUGUGCACUUGAAAUCUGAUUUGAAAAAGAAAAAAAAAACACAGCUUUUGGUAUGGGCAUCAUAUAUAUUUAUUCUGCUGGUACACCUGCUGGUAUGAUGUCAAAGUGUCUGCAGUAUAACAUUCCCGUCUGAAUUGAAAAUGGGCCAUAUUCUGCUGCAUGACUUAUGCUGUCAUCCAAACUGUUUGACGUCAUAUUGCUCAGGAUCAGCAAAGGCAAGAAAGCUUAGGAUUCUUCAUAUUUGGGACUCUGGGCCAAAGUGUUGAACUGAGCCCCUUUUUCAUGUUUAGGGCCCUGGACAUUUUUGUUUUUCUCCAGCGGUCUCUUCAUCAUUUCUCUUCAGAGCUUCUCAGUGGAGUGUGUCUGUCUCUGCCACAAACACUGAACUGUUCAGUAUGCACGACUUUGCAUUGCAGUGGUCCAUUCACGGUCUUUGAAAUUAUGCCUGAAAAUGGAAAUCACGUCUGUUUUGUCCGUGUAUUGUCCUUGUAUCACGUUCAGAUUCAGUGUUUUAUCAAACAAUUCAUUCCACAGACAACAAAGUAAUAAAAAUAAUUUUGGUCUAACAAAAAAAAAAAAACUUAACUGGUUGGCUGCCUAUACUGCUCGACUGAAGCCUUUCCAGAGAAUAUACACUCCAUACUGAUUCAUAAUCAUCAUCACCACUGUGCUGAAUUUGACCUUAUUGUCAGUGUGCUGUCAUUUUCUGCCCCUUAUAUCAGACAUUUUCGUGAUUUGGAUCUCUGGUCUCGCAAAAAAUAUGAUGAAGACACAGCUGCUGAUCAGUCUUGAUUUCUUCAUGUGUGGUUUCUGCCACAACACCCAUUGUUUGUCCUGUGGAAACAGGCUAGUGAAAAACUAGGUGUUCCUGAGCUGCUGCUGCAUUACAACAGGGAACGAUGCAUCUGUGAGUCAAAGAGGGUUGCUUUUCACUUCUUGCAGAAGUCAAAAAAAGCUACACAACUUGUCUCAGUGACCUCAACAAGCCAGCGCCUGGACGGAGCACAUGGUCCUUCCCCUGCAGCUCCGCUGUCCAUCAUAAAUCAACAAACAGAAGGGCUUAGAAACUUAUUUUUCUCAAGUCACUGGUUUUCAACCCAUGGGUUGCAGCAGGGGGCUGGAUGGGUCACAGGUUGGCCAAAAUAAACAACUUUAUUUUUGGCCAUAACAUUUAUCUUAAUUAACUUUUUUCAUACUUUUUGUGUCAAU